UUCGAUUUCGAAGUGAUAUGUAUAAUCAGUUCAGAAUAGAAUAAUCAACAAAAUAAAUAUUUUUGAUAUUAUUAGGUUUCUCAUCCUUAUUAUUUUUAUGAAAGGACCUUUUGUGUUUGUUAACUUAUUUUAUUACAAUUUAACGACUGUUUUGUAAGUUAUUGUUCUGUUCUAAUAAUCAGUUCAGAACAGAACAAUCAACGAAACAAAUAUCUCAGCCCAAUUUAACAUGGCUCAUUAAAUAUCUCAGCUCCUAGUUUCUUUUCCGCUUUAAACGCACAGAGAAACAUCAAAUCUGCAAUCUCCAUGGAAAAGUAUCCGUCUUUCUGAUUCGGAAUGCUUCAUGGUUUAGGUUUUGGGUAUUUGUUUUUCGAUUCCUCUUAGGAUUUGAUUAGGGCUUGGAUAUGAUGGAUAGGAUCAGUAAUCUGUCGGAUGAUUUGCUCUUGAAGAUUUUCUCAUAUCUUCCUACCAAAUACGUCGUCACGACAACGCUCUUGUCCAAAAGAUGGAAGUCUGUCUGGACGAUGGUCCCGAGAUUUGAUUUUGACGAUGGUUUCGAACUCGACCCUUCCCGAUACGAAACAUUCACCAAUCACGUGGGCAGAACGAUGUCGUUGCGCACAUCUCCGGUCCUGGAAUCUCUGAGAUUCGACGUCGGUCCUUGUUGCAGUACCCAAGAUAUGGUAACGUGGAUCAGAACAGGGAUGGUUCAGGGCGUGCGCGAGCUUGAGAUCUUCCACACUGAAGAACACUUAAAGGAACAUAGACCAAUCAAGUUACCAAAGAGUCUUUAUACUUACGAGAAGCUCGAGGUCUUGAAACUCACUUACUCGAUUGGUCUGGAUGUUCCUGUGGACGUUUGGUUUCCUUCUUUGAAGACGUUGCACCUUAUCAGUGUAAAGUACGAGACCAAAGAUUGUCACAGUAGGCUUUUGUCAGGAUGUCCUGUUCUUGAGGAGUUGGUGUUGGACAAGAGUUUAAACAGCCACUCUCUGAGAACUUUCUAUGUUGAAAUGCCUAGCUUACAGAGGCUAUCUGUAGUUGAUGUAUGCGAAGAACCGAACUACGGUCUUGAUGGGCUUCAUAUGACUGUGAUCAAUGCCCCGUCUUUGAAGUAUUUGAACUUUGUAGAUUACCAUGAUGACGUGUGUUUGUGUGAGAACAUGCCUGAGGUGGUUGUUGCAAAUGUUAAAGUUGUGUACAAUAGUCCUGAGAAGCUACUGGGUUCUAUUCCAUCAGUCAAGCGUCUCUGCUUAUGUUUACCUUCUUCAUUGCUUCUCAGCUGCUUUGGAUUUUAUCACCUUGUUCAUUUGGAGCUGUGUGCAGCUUCCCGAGGGUGGUGGGAUCUACUUACUUGGAUGCUAGAAAGUUCUCCUAAACUCAAAGUUCUCAAAAUAUGUGUGUGCAAUGAACUCCCUUGUACCACGAAGUCCAUUAGAGGUCACUGGAAGGGACCAAGUUCGGUUCCUGAAUGUUUGAUGUCUCAUUUACAUACUUUCAAGUGGAAGAAUUACAACACAAAAGACGAAGAGAAGAAAAUAGUGGCCUACAUCCUCAAUCACGCAAGACAGUUGAAGAUUGUGGGUAUCUCUGGGUCGAGAUACUAUUCAAAGGAAGAGAGAUUGAAAAAACUCAAUGAGUUGGUUUCUCUGCCUAGAGCUUCAAGCUCCUGUCAGCUUCUCAUGGACUGAAAAAAGAUUGUCAUAUUAUGUUCCAGUAAAAUCUAGAAGCAUUCCUGUCUAAAAGUCAGAUGUGUUAGUUAGAUGCUCGUAGAGCUUCCUUAUGUUCUUGUUAUUACAUGUUAGAAUAUUAGAGGAAGCAUUAGUUUCACAAAAAAAAAAAAAAAUUAGAGGAAGCAGAGUUUACUUGUAUUCAGGAUGUGCUAUCUUUCUCUGUAUAUUAGAGGAAGCGGACUGUUGGAUGCUGUAUCUCUAUAUAUAUAUAUAUAUAUAUAUAUAUUUUUUUCUUGUAAACUAAUCUUUAUAUAUUUUCUCUUCCAAAUUAUCACUACUUUUGAUCUAUGACAUUUAUUUACUGUAUGUUUUAAAUUUUUUAUUAAAUUUUUAUUUUAUAUUUUUCCCCUUUUAUAUGAGUAUAUGUAUUUAUAAAAUAAUAUAACACAGCAAAAUCAGAUAAAUUAAUAAAUAUGACAAAUUUGGAAACUUUUCUAGUUCCAGAAAGAACUGAUCAGUAAUAUACCACAAUAUAAUAAAAAUAAAAUAAUAUUAAAAACAAUUAUAUAAAUGCAUGAUAUUUAGUAAUAUUAAUAACUAGUUAUAUAAAAUUUAUAUAAA